UGCUUGCCCGUCGAAGUAGUUUGUUCUCUUUCGUUCGGCUUUGAUCCAACUGCAACCAAUGAACUAUCCUCCACAACCUCCCUAUGCUCGGCAGUAUGGCACUUCGACACCGCCCAUUCCAUCUCAACAACAACCACCAUUGAACGCUCCCAUGCCUCGUUCUGCAUCCGCUGCUCCUCAUCUUGGACCAUCUGCACCUCAGUCUGGACUGAAAUUACCACCACCCGGCAUGCCAUAUAGACAACCUUCUCCAGGCCCUCCUGGCCGACAACCAUCCCCGAGUUUGAUGCCGCGAUCGUCUUCUCCUGCCAUGCAGAGAGGACGAAGGCACUAUCCUAAUGCCCAAAUGCAACCUCAACAGGGACCUGUUGCGUCGCCACCGCCUCAGUUCUUUUCUCCCGUGGCAUCAGCUCCCCAGUCCAAUGGAUUUACAAGUGCUUCACCGCCUGUCCAGUCACCGACACCAACGAUACCUUAUAAUCCCAAUGCCCAUCAGCCUUAUAACGCCGCUAUGCAAGGCAUGGCCAACUUAUCGAUGAAUGGUGCUGUUCAUGUUCCUCUUAUCGGUCAGCCUCCUCAAAUCCAUGACUUGUUUGCCCAGCCUCCUUCCAUCGUCUUACCUCCAAACUCGGCUGUCACCGCGGCCGCAACAGUUCAAUGCUCUCCGCGCUUAAAGAAGUGUACAUUGAAUCAUAUUCCAAACACAGAUGGAUUGCUUCGAAAGUCAAAGUUUCCUUUGGCUGUUGUUCUCAACGAAUAUCCAAGCGAUGGCUCGGGUGAUAUCGACAUCCCACUGGUCGUUGAUACCAACAUUACUCGAUGCAAGCGCUGCAAUGCUUAUAUUAAUCCAUUUGUUACAUUUUUAAGCAGUGGUCAGUGGCGAUGCAAUAUGUGUGGUGUUGACAAUGAUGUGCCGCAAUACUUUGAUUACGAUUACAACACGCAGCAGCAAGUUGAUAGAUGGUCUCGCCCAGAAUUGAAUUAUGGAUGUGUCGAGUACCUUGCGCCUACCGAAUACAUGGUCAGAGCGCCUCAGCCUCCUGUGUUUUUGUUUGUGAUUGAUGUAUCCGCCACCGCUGUCCAAUCUGGAGCUGUACUUGCCAGCAUAGAAGGCAUUAUUGCUUCGAUGGAUAGCCUUCCCAAUGAGACGGAGCGUACCAAGAUUGGUUUUAUCACCGUCGAUCAAGCCGUUCAUUUCUAUACCUUGAUUGAUAGCGAACCUACCAUGCUCACUGUCUCCGAUUUUGAGGACAUGUAUUUGCCCCGCCCCGCAGGUGAUUUGCUUGUCAAUCUCCUAGAAGCCCGAAUCGUCGUGGAUGAUCUUUUGGAACGCAUGAAAACCAUGUAUGCCACGAAUGCCAGUCCCACUUGUGCGCUUGGUCCAGCUCUUCAGGCUGCAUUUAAGCUUGUGUCUCCUACUGGUGGAAAAAUCGUGUGCAUGCAGUCUACUUUGCCUACCAAAGGAGAAGGUUCAUUGACUAUGCGUGAGGACCCAAAGUUGUAUGGCACCAAUAAGGAAUCCAGCUUGUUGCAGCCAGGUAAUGCUUUUUACAAGACGUUGGCAAAGGAUUGUACGAAAUCGCAUGUCUGUGUCGACAUGUUCCUAUUUGGACAACAGUAUAACGACGUAGCCACCAUGAACGUUGUUCCCCAUUACACUGGCGGUAAAACACACUACUACCCCAUGUUCAACGGUAACAAUGCUGUGAUGGCCAAGAAGGUCAAGGAAGAGAUUGUUACGUUGUUGAGCGAAAAGAUCGGUAUGGAGGCUGUCAUGCGUACUCGUACCUCGCCCGGCCUCAUAUGUAGAGAAUUCCACGGCCAUUUCACUGUUCGUCAACCUGAUAUCAUGGCUCUUCCCAAUGUGCCUAGAGAUCAGUCCUAUGUGGUGGAAAUUGGCAUUGAAGAAGAAAUCAAGUCACCCAUUGUCUGUAUCCAAACUGCUUUGCUGUUUACUACCUGCGAUGGCGAGCGUCGCGUGCGUGUCAUGACCAUUGCCUUGCCUGUCACCAACAGCAUAUCGCAAGUUUUUACUUCGGCUGAUCAAGUCGCUCUCACACAUGUCAUAGCCCAACAAGCCCUGAAUAAGGCUACUACGACCAAGAUCAGCAAUGGUGUCGAUCAUAUUGCCGACUCUAUUAUCAAUAUUAGCAAAGCGUACGCAAAGGAAAUCAUGGUGGCUACAGCAAACAGUGCCAAUUCGCUCUCCAUUUGUGAGAAUCUCAAGUUAUUGCCACUCUUAUGUCUGGGCUUGAUUAAAAAUGAUGCCUUCCGCCAAAACUCCAACGUGCCGUCGGACAGACGCGCCAUUAGCAUCAUUCGACUUCGAACCCUGCCCACUGACCGAUUUAUACCAUAUCUUUACCCGCAGUUCUAUUCAUUGCACAAUAUGCCCCAAGAGGUUGGAGGCACGGAUGAGAAUAAUCAGUUCAUUAUGCCACCUGCAUUAAAUCUUACAAGUGAGAAAUUAGAACGAUAUGGCGCGUAUUUGCUGGAAAAUGGCCAGGACAUGUUCCUCUGGCUAGGCAAAGAUGUUGUUCCUCAGCUAUGCAUGGAUCUUUUGGGAGCACCCAAUAUUGAAGCGGUCAAGACGGGCAUGAUCACGGAUUUGCCCGUUCUUCCCAAUCCCUUCUCGACUCGAGUCUCCAAGUUGAUAGCCCAUAUUCGCUCCUCCCGUCGUGGUGCUGAGUACCUUGCUCUUCAUGUUGUUAAGGAAGAAGGCGACCAAGGUUUGCGGGGACAAUUCCUCUCCCUCCUUAUGGAGGACCGCUUGUUAACUGCCCCCAACAUCGCGGGUAUGCACCAAGAAAAUGCUAAUGCUGGCAUGAGCUAUUACCAAUGGUUAGGAUUCAUACGAGCCAAGUGUCAGAAAUCAUAAGCAUCGGCAUUGUUCUUUUAAAAAGUUAAAGCAUGGUCCAUAGCAUUAAAGCAAAGCCAGCACUCGUUUAGUCAAAUAGACAUUUUGCAAGCAACUCUGUUAUUUCAUACAUAUACAUUCCUUUCAAUAAUGUCAGGAUUUUUUUUUCUUCCUUUUGUCUUGCUGUUG